AUGAACCUUCUACGAAUGGAUUAUGUUCGAGACACUUUGGCCAAAUAUAGUCCUGGAGACUUGCCGGGUUACUCGCUUGAUCUCCUGCCAAAGGCUAUCAGGGAUCAGUUUGAAGGUAAUCAGUCAAUUGGCUAUGAAAAUCAGUACGAAGUGCUAGAUGUAGGCUGUGGAGGUGGUUUGCUGUCAGAGAGUCUUGCUAGGCUGAAAGAGGUGCGGCAAGUUCGUGGCAUUGAUCUCACUAGUGACGUGCUAGAAGUCGCCAAGGAUCACAUGAAAAAAGACCCGAUAUUGAAGUCCAAACUUGAUUAUCGACUUAUGGGCAUUGAUCAGGUGCCGGAAAACGAGAAAUAUGAUAUUGUGACUCUUUUUGAAAUGCUGGAACAUGUGCCACGACCUGCUGAGGUUCUUGAUGCUGCUCUUAAACGAGUUAAACCUGGCGGUUGGGUGUUCAUCUCUACUAUCAACCGUACUCCUAUUGCAUACUUCACGACCAUUUUUAUGGGUGAAGACGUUCUCCGAAUCGUUCCAAAGGGCACUCAUACCUAUGACAAAUACAUUAAUGAGCAGGAACUGCGUGACUUUUUCUCUGACAAAUCCGACUGGGACGUCGUCCGCAGCGAUGGCUGUUUUUUUAUGCCAUUUCUCGACUGGCAACUAACGUCGAACCGGUCUAUCGGUAACUACUUCCUAGUUGCUCGUCGCAGACUCUAA